AAGUCACUAAGGCGCUGCCCUGGGCCACGUGUUGUUCUUCCUGACAUUUGAGUCGACUCAACUGUCCCACCAAGAGUGAUCCACACAAGUGCAGCCGUUGCGAUGCUGCUGCUGAGGAGGUCUCUGGGAGUGACCUUCACCGACUGGACCGCUGCCUCCCUUUGCCUUGUCUCCGGAGGCUCCAUGCUCACCCCCCACGGCUGGACUGGCGUGCGUUGCGACUCCCAAGGCCACCCCAUCGCCAUUGACAUCGCGGCCACGACGGGUCAGUUUCUCCUCCCAGCCCCGUCGUUCCCUUCUGUCGUCUCAACCCUCCAGGCGCUCUCAAGCAUUGCUCUCCCAGGGAACAGCAUCUAUACCGAGUUCAAGGCGUUCGCCUGGCAUCUGUCUCGCCUCACGUCCCUCAAGCACCUCGACCUCAGCAGCAACGUUCUCUAUGGCCCGAUCCAUUCCUCUCUGCUCACCAUUCCGACGCUCACGUCGCUGACCCUCUCUGGCAACGACCUGACCGGCUCCAUCCCUGCAGUGGGCUCUCAGCUGCUCUCCCUCUCCCUCUCCUCCAACUACCUCUCCUCGUCCUUCCCCACACCCUCCACUCCUCUCCCCGCCUGCUCCGCCCACACCAACUGCCUCACCGACGUCUCUGUCUGUAACACUUCCGAGGCUGGUGCUGGUAACCAGCGCAGCGCCUCUGAGUGCGCCAUCUGCGGAGGAGGGUGUGCGGAGGGGGAGGUCUGUGCUCCGAAUCUUAUGGUUAUGAGGAGGGCUCAGUCAAUGCAGUCAACUCAGUCAACGCAGUCAGCAAUGGCAGCUUUGGCAACCUUGUCGUAUCCCAUGUCCUGCUUUACAUCCAGGGAUUCUUUUCUGCCAGUAGCCAUGGCUCCCGCUGCUGCAGCUGCCAUGCUGGCACUCAAGAAAAGCCUCCACGUGCCGUUCACCGAUUGGCUACAGGGCGCCCUGUGCAGCGUGGAGCGGGGGACGGAUUCGACCACUCACGGGUGGACAGCUGUCACGUGCAAUGGGGAGGGACACCCGACUGCCAUGUGAGGGUUGUAAGAAAACGGCAGUUGAUUAAGUGAGAGAGGGCAAACCGGCUUAAGUACCAAGCAUCGGAGAGGAUUGGAAGGGAUAAGGCAUCGCAAAAAAGGUGUGCUCGCAAAACGUUCGCGAAUUAUCUGUGCGGAUGCUUUGCAAACGUUUUGCGAACAAGUGGGUGUAAAUACCGUGCGGACUAAGAUUCGAACACUUUGCGAAUGCUUGGACAACAUUUGCCUAAACACUCCGCGCGAGCAUUCGGAAACGAUGGGCGGUGUUGUCUCGAAUGCAAUAUAGUGUUUCGUCAAAUGCAUUGCAAUGCAUAUUUUGAUGCUGCUUUGGAUUUGUAUGAAAAUGAUUUUGCAUUCUUGCCAUCCAUUCUUUUUGUUCUGUUGACCAUAGGUGUAUCAAAUGAUGUUAUUCAUAAAAGUAAAUGUACCACCAUUACAAACGAUAUACACAAUUUCUACCAGUGGUUACCAACCUAAUUACCUAGAAAUAUGCAAGCCCCCAACAACCUAAUAACGUAUGCAGCAUGCCCGUCCCGCACUACCACGAACAGAAACAGAGCGGCGGCACACCAACGACGUUGCCGACAACGUAA